GAACUCCGAACGUCUGAAUCAGAUCGUCGAUCUCCAAUCUCCUCCUUAGGUCUUCGCGAGCGCCGCCGGCCUCGCGUAGCCAGCGCCAAAGAAUUAAGAUCUCGCGCACCAGAGCAGCAGCCAUGUCGUCCACCGACGACCGCCUGUCCGCGCUCCCCGACUCCGUGCUGGCACGCGUCCUCUCCUCCCUCCACCUCAAGGCGGCCGUCCAGACCAGCGUCCUCUCGAAGCGGUGGCGCACGCUGUGGCGCGAGGCCGACGGCGUCAAUUUCGACACGAGGCACUAUCGGGACAUCGACUACGACGGCGCAAAAUUGGGGCGGGAGUUCUUCCGCGACGCUCUGGCCGCCGUCGGCACGGACGGCCGAUGCCCGGUCAGGACGCUCUCCGUCCGUGCCGACAGCUACUUCCAGAACGAUUUCCUGCAAGGCAUCAUGCGCACCUCGCCCGGGAUGGACGCCCUUCUUGCUGCGCCGGCGAUGCGACGCCUGGAGGAGCUCCGCAUGGAGCUGACGGCCGAGUUCUGCCAGACGCGCGAGGAGUACGAGCUCCCUGCAGGUCUCCUCCCCGGCACGUCUCUCCAGGUGCUGGACAUCGGCGGCUGCACGCUCGGGUCGCCAGGCAACAACGGUGCCGUCUUCAGAUGCCUGGAGACGCUCAGGAUGGUGGGCUGCGUCACCUCCUCGGAGACCCUCCAGUCCAUGCUCGACACCGCGCCGAACCUCUCUACCCUAUGGCUCGAGUACGUCAGCUUCCCGUCAUUUGAGCUUGCUGGUCUCGAGUGGACCACGGCGAUGUCGAUGCGGCGGCGAAUCCUCCUCCGGUGCCCCAACGCCACGGUCUCGGUCACGCUGAUGCACUGCCACUGCUCAUGGACUGACGGCGUGGACCUCGACGCGCCCGGCGUCCGCACUCUGCGCUACACUGGGUUUCUGGAGCACUUCCCGUUCAGCUCGGCGGCGCCAUCUGGCCUGCCAGCGAACCUGCAGCACAUGGAGCUUUGCUUCUGCACAUCACGGUGUACCUGCAGGCUUCCUUCCAGGAUGGGCGUUGCCGAACCCCGCGCCAUCUUUUGGGAAUCCAUUGGCAGAUUCAGUCGAUUACGAUUUCUGCAGCUUGAGCUCUGGGUCAUCAAUGACAUCGCCGUCCAACUAGAGCAAGAAGACAGGUUCCUCAAAGUGUUCCCCGACCUCAGGUUCUUGAAGCUAAAAGGGUCUUGCCAGGAGGAUAGGCAUGGCGCAGCGGUGGCGAUAGCAAACCUGCUCCAGUGUUGCCCAUCGAUGCAGGAGUUCCACCUCAAGUGUGAUUUGCACUGCGACCCAUACGCAUUUCCCCGUCGUCGUCUGAAGGUUCGCCAAAAGAACAAGGGAAGAGCUGAGAAAUCCAUUAUGUCAUUCAUCAAAAGGAUUAAAUCUGGAGAUGAUGACGGUGUGGAGGAGCUUGCUGCGCUUAAAGCACGCUCCUUCCAUUGCUUGGAUCACCAUUUGAGGAAAAUAAGGUUUGAAUUUGAGUUGGAGAGCUUGAACUGCUUUGAAGUCAAGCUCACAAAGUUCUUCGUGGAGAACGCAGCUGUACUGGAAGAGAUGGAAGUUCAUGACGGAGACCAGAUAGUUUAUGACCACAUCCAUGACAAGUUUGCAGAAUGAGAGUCAAGUCUUGCAAAACCAAAAUCAAGAUUGUUGGCGAGCACAACAAAAGGUUCUAGUCAUGAAUGGACUAGCAGAAAUGUCUGUACGCUAAUUAUGUUGAGUUUCCUCUUGAGAAUAAUAAAUUACCUUGCAAUGAUGUUGUCA